CAACACUAGACACUGUUGUGGCGAGGUGGUGAGACGCUCCUCAACCACUGAAGACAAAACUAAAAAACAAAAUUAAUAAUGGCAGACGAGGGUGUUGAGAGUGUAAUACGUGCAAACCGUGGUCUAGCAGCGAUCCUGGCCAACAUUGGGCGAGGGAACGAAGGAAAAAAAGAUGAUGACAGAUUUAAGAAGCCAUUUCCUCCAAAAGCAAAGGUGCCCAGAAAAAUACCGCAGCCACAGAAACAACCACAGAAACAGGAACAGCAACAAGGAUUUGACCUGGACACCACAGUAGAAUUUUCAGGAUGGGAAGACAUCAGUUCACAUCAAAACAUUGGUUUUCAGGGGGAAUACACAAAGGACGAUUGUGACUCAAGAGCAGGAUUUGAACUUGACACUUCUCAAGAUGAGAAGACAGACAACAAAAUACACAGGCAGGAACAAGACACAGACGUUGGCGACCACAUAAACAAACAAGAUGGAGAUAGUGGUGAUAGCAGCGAACAGAGAGAAGAAGCUAAAGGAAAACGAGCCGCUGAUAAUACCACUCAAAUUAGCCAUAACAAAGAUGAAGACGUCUACGGUCCAAAAGAGUUGAGCUCUUGGAGUGACAUCUUAGAAUACAAUGAUGACCACGACUCCGCAUGGUUUGAAGCUGAAAACAAGAGAUUGGCUGAAAAGUAUGGUGGUACAUUCAUCAUAGUGAAGUACACAGACAGCCAGCCAGUAAGGGUGGGAUACUAUUGUGAGCUUUGUUUUGCAGAAAUGAAUGCAAAGAAGUCCUUGGAAUCACAUUGCAUGGGUAUGAAGCAUUUGAGGAAAAAGAAUAUAUGGGAAAUGAAUCAAGGAAAAUCUGUUGAAGAAAAAAUUGAAGCUCCUCCUGAAGAACCUAAUAAUAAAAAUGAAGGCCAAGCAGGAAGGAGACAAGACCCACCACCUAGACGAGGUCGAUCUGAUAGGCCGCGACCUUCUCAGGGGCGUCCCCCACCACAUCCGAGAGGUCACUAUGAAAGUCGUGAUCGUUCUGGAUAUGGUGGGAGAAUGGGUUCAGCUGGGAGGGACUACAAUCGCUAUUAUGAUGAUUAUGAUCGAAGGUCUCCAUAUGGUGGGGGUCGUUAUGACAGGGGAAGAUAUGACAGAAGCAACGUUCCAUACAGUGACAGGCAGACAUAUGAUGACUUACAUUACAGAAGCAGGGCUGAUUCUGACCCAUACCCUUAUGAACGUAACAAACGCCGCACUCCACCUCCUCCAAGGAUAUCCUCAACCCAGAAAACCUUACCAGCUGUUCCACUACCACCCCUAGAUGCUCCUGUUCAUGGGCCAACUGGAACACUUCUCAAACAACUGUCUGACUGUGAGGUGAGGGAUGAAAAGGAUGUGGAUCUUGCCUCCGAUGUUAUCACCAUGCUUUUAAAGGGUCUCUCGGAUUUCCACAGGAAACAAGGUUCUUCCAGUUCUGUUCAUUUGAUAUCAGAGGCACAGAUCAAAUUUGACAUUAUGAAAGAGCUCAUAAAUGUGCCCAACCCAGAGGUGUCAACUUGGAUGUGAACCACACAGAUACAACAAACACCAGAAUAUCAUAAUGCAGCAGCCAUUACUGAACAACCAGUAAGCUUCACCUUGGAUGUGAAUUAUUGUACAAAUGCAAUAAACAGUAAAAUAUUUAUGAAGUAAACACUAUGAAAAAAA